GAAUCUGGAAUAAGUUGAUAACUCUGUGCCAUCCUCCUGCGCAGCCGUUCAGCGCAUAGCUCAAGCCGACCACAUUUUUCACUCUCUCUCUCUCUCUCUCUCGUUUUUUCAAUUUUCUCUCACAACAAAAAAAAGAGAAAAGAAAAAUUGGAAUUUUUGAUCUCUUCUUCCCUUAUCAUGGCUACUCCGAGUUAGAAGGGUAAAUUUUUUAUUUUUCCGUUGAUUAGCGUCGUCGGUGAUGCUCGGCGUACUGUGUGCACGUCCCAAGCCGUGGCUGUUAGCGUCGCUGUUCUCCUUCCAUGCGCACGGCUCGACAUCGGCGGCGCACCAUCGGCUGGCGGCUAGUCCAAUCCGAUCGGUGUUGGUAGCCGAGGGGGACGAUCAGCGGCGGCUGCACCACUCCACGAGCUGCAGAUUCGGCGGCGGCGCCGAGCGAGGAGGUGGCGCCGCGUCGAUAUGGCACGCGAUUCUCCCAGCCCGCGGCCGGAAGAGUAUAUCGAGUAGUAGUAGGGCGGCGGUGUUCCACCGCCACAAUUGCGAGCUGACGAAGAAGGGCGGCGAGGGGUCUUGGAAUGCGGCGUGGGACGCCAGGCCGGCUCGCUGGCUCCACAACGCUGACUCCGCCUGGCUCCUCUUCGGCGUCUGCCCCUGCUUGGCCGCGCCGCCCCUUUUCGAUCUCUCCGAGGUUAAUUCUGACGCCACGGCCGAGGACCAAGUCGACAUUCUAUCCUCAGAUUCAUCGCUCCAUAGCCCUCCUCCCAAUUACAGAGUCACAGGAGUUCCCGCGGAUGGGAGAUGUUUGUUUAGAGCCAUAGCACAUGUUGAUUGCUUGAGGAAUGGGGGAGAGGCUCCUGAUGAGAAUCGCCAGAGAGAAUUGGCUGAUGAAUUAAGAGCUAAGGUUGUUAAUGAGUUGCUGCAAAGGCGAACAGAAGCAGAAUGGUUUAUUGAAGGGGACUUUGAUGCAUAUGUGAAAAGGAUUGAAAAACCUUAUGUUUGGGGCGGAGAACCAGAGCUGCUGAUGGCUUCCCAUGUACUCCAGACACCAAUUUCAGUAUUCAUGAUACAUAGAAGUUCGGGUAGCUUGAUAAAUAUUUCAAAUUAUGGUGAAGAGUAUCAGAAGGAAGAAGAUGGAGAUACUCCAAUCAAUGUUCUGUUUCAUGGCUAUGGUCAUUAUGACAUAUUGGAGACUAAUACAUUGGAUGAAUAAUUGGAAAUAAAAAAUUGAAUAGGCAAGGAAAAUACAUAUUGUUUCUUAAGGUGGUUGAUGAACAUUUUAUUCGUGCCUUUAUUAAUCAGUUGAAAUGACAACUUUUUAAUUUUUUAUAGAGGUAGGUUUUUCGAAAAUUUUUAGAUUUUAUUGUCUUUUUCCAAUUCUUACUUUAAAAACAAAUUAGAUCUUGAGUGGUUCUUCUUAUAAUGUUCUGUCAAUAAAGCAAUAAAGCACCAUUCUAAGAGUUUUGCCAUGAA